GGAAGACCUCGGGCGUUGGCGAGGAGAGGCCGAGGAUGCGGGUGGGGGGUGUCCGGCCUGGCCUCCCCGGAGCGCAAAGGGCGGGCGGUGGAGUCCGCCCCCUCGCCCUGCUGAUUGGCGUUGGCGGAGCGGGGCCGGGCGCCAAGGUGGGGGAACCCGGAGAAGGGCGCGAGGCCUCGGCGGAUGUGGUGACCGCCGAGCCGGGGCGACCCCCACUUCGGUCGUUGGCGGGGCCCGUGUCUGUUUUGGUCGCUGGUACCUUGAACUGUAACUCGAUUCUCCAGAGAAGCCUUCAGAUGUUGGGUACUUGCGGGGAUCGACACAAAGACACUGAGACCUGCAGAGCCCGCUCGAUAGUGGAGGUAGAAUUAGAAUGUCAAGCAUACUGCCUUGCUUCUAGUAAGCACUUAAUAAAUAUAAGAAGUAUGGUGCAGCAUGGCCUUAGGGGAAUUAUAUCUAUGUCCAAAGCUGCUGAAGGAACGUCAACAAUCACAGAUUCUGCUGGCCAUAUUCUGUACUCCAAGGAGGAUGCAACCAAGGGGAAAUUUGCCUUUACCACUGAAGAUUAUGACAUGUUUGAAGUGUGUUUUGAGAGCAAGGGAACAGGGCGGUUACCUGACCAACUCGUGAUCCUAGACAUGAAGCAUGGAGUGGAGGCGAAAAAUUAUGAAGAGAUUGCAAAAGUUGAGAAGCUCAAACCUUUAGAGGUAGAGCUACGACGUCUAGAAGACCUGUCAGAAUCUAUCGUUAAUGAUUUUGCCUACAUGAAGAAGCGAGAGGAGGAGAUGCGCGAUACCAAUGAAUCAACAAACACUCGGGUCCUAUACUUCAGCAUCUUUUCAAUGUUCUGUCUCAUUGGACUAGCCACUUGGCAGGUCUUCUACCUUCGCCGCUUCUUCAAGGCCAAGAAGUUGAUUGAGUAAUAAGGCCUACUCUCCUCCCACCUUGUAUCUCAGCCAGCAGAACAUCACUGGGACGUGCCUGGCCUAAGGCACCCUAUCAACAGCACCAUAAAGGCACGUUGGAACUUCUUGCCAGAACUGAUGUCUCUUGGUGUGGGAGGACAUGGGUUACCACCUACACCCAACAAGUCAUUGAGGGACUUCUUUUUAACUUGAUAGGAUUUGGACUGGUUUUGCAACAAUAGGACUUAAUAGAGUCACCUGUGACAAAAAAUAGGGGUUACCUAGAUAAUGCCAAAGCCAGCAUUUGUACUGGGUUUCCUCAUGUGAUCUGUUUAAACCAUGUUUUCUUUCCUUCUCCCACUUGCUCACCAGCUCGGGCUUCCACUCUACUUCCUUUACCAAGAUUUGAAUGACCAUGUGAAACUUGUUUUAUUCUCAUUGUCCUCUUUGGAUUUCUGUGUGAAAACAUCCUUAACUUUAUCUUAACCAUUAGCUGAAAUGUUUAGGUAGCUUCUGGAGGUAUCCUUUCUUAAUUUUAUGUCUCAUAAAAGGGUGAUGGAUGUGACACCUCAUAGAAAUGAGCUUUGAACUAUAGAUAACUCUUUUUAAAAUUUUUCAUUUUAGAGAAUUAAAACAUUUGUGCUCAA